CUUCAGCAUGGCAGUAUCUCUCACCUCUUUCUCUGGCUCAAGGACAGAAAUGAGCAUCCUGGAAAUCAACCAGAACUUGCGCUCCCAGCUGGAAAAAGUCAAACAGGACUUUCGAGACCUCACAGAGAAAUUCCUCACAUCCAAAGCUACUGUUUACUCCCUGGCCAACCAGCUGCAGAAAUACAACUGUGAAGAGUACAAAGAACUUAUUGAAUUUGUGCUGGAGGAGGGAGUGCCAUUUGAGGAAGGGGAGCUGGCAGAGAAGAUGAGAUCAGCUGCAAGGCUUGGGAAAUAUGACCCCCUAAUUCAGGCUCAAGCCCAAGAACUGACCCACUUACGACAGAAGAUACAGGAAGGAAAAGGUGCCUGUUACCUUUUCACCCAGCAUGCAAGGAACACAGUCAAGUCUUUUGAGAGUCUCCUCAGGAGCACUGACAUCGCCUACUACCAGAGGCAGAGAUUCUGUGAGCUACUGACCCAAGGAAGCCAGCUGGCAGAGAGACUUGCCAGCCAGCUCACCACCGAAGAUCAUCAGGAUAGGGAAGGUGAAGAUGGACAGGAGCCACUGGCACCCAGCUUCAGCAGGGGACUCCAGGCGGAAGAAGAGAAUGAAGUCCAGGAGGACUCACUAGAUGAAAUGUAUCUGACUCAUUCCAGCUACCAGGACUCCCACCAGCCUCCCAACACCAACGCCUUUGCGUGUGACGGGCAGGAAGCCAGCUCUGCCGUGGAUGUGGCCGGUGAGUACCCCCAGUAUAAAGAGAAGAAAGCUCCAACACCCAGAGGACUGAGAAAUGAAGCUCUGGCGGCUUCUCCACGCUCACCGCCUCUGUCUCGGGUGAUUGAGAUCAUCUCUAUGCCAGCGCCCUUGGACCCACCCUCGGCCGGGACCCUGGGGACCCGGACCGCAAGGAGUGGAGGGGAAGCAGAACACCCGCUGGGCUCCCGUGGUGGCUCUGCCCGUUUCCUCGCCUACACCCCGUGA